UGAGAUGCGACUGUGCUUCAGUCAAGUCCGACGCAACCAGCGCUUGGCUGCCGCGCUGGCGCUGCUGCUGCUCGGCGCAGUCGGCCUCACCGCCCUCCGACAACAGCAGCACCAACGAGUGCAAGGGCAAGUUGGUCAACACUCACAGCUGCCGCAGGAGCAGGAGCAGGGGCCGGACGCACUGCUUCGGUUGCACCCUGAACUGCAAGACCAGCACCACCAGCAGCCCAACCAGCAGCAGCAGCAACAACAACAGCUGCAGCGACAAGCACAACUCAAUGCUCAUCCAGAGCGCAAUCCGCUGCUAAACCUCAAUCCUCAGCAACAGCCCAAACAACAACAACCAGAGCUCACUCAUCCACAGCAACACGCGCAAGACGCACCUGCAAUGGGCAAAGUGAGCGAGUCUGGGCAGUCAAUACACAGUGCACAGGACUACGCAGAUCAAGUCGCGCCAGAGUCGAUUGUCGCAGCACUUCGAGCAAAAGUCGCGCAAAUGAACUCAAACAUUGUCGUUCAGAACAACAACGACGCUCGCCUUCCUGCACUGAAGCCAAAUUUCCCAGUGAUUGUCAUCCAGAUUCACAAUCGCUUGUUAUACUUUAUGCACACCAUCCAGUCUUUGGCCCAGGUUGAGAACAUUGGCUCCGCCUUGAUUGUGCUGAGUCAUGACUUUUGGGACGAACCCAUCAUGGACUAUAUUCGAAGCAACCUGAAGUUUUGCCGCUACGUCCAAAUCUUUAUGCCCCACUCCAUGCAGCUACAUCCUGAGGCAUUUCCCGGUCAGGGGACCAAUGACUGUCCGCGCGAUCUGAGCAAGUCGGACGCGCGCGCACUCGGCUGUGUGAAUGCCGAGUUUCCCGACACGUAUGGGCAUUAUCGCGAAGCACCGUUUGCCAUGAUCAAACACCACUGGUGGUGGAAGGCAAACACCGUGUUUGAUGUGCUCCAAGUGACCCGAGAAAACAAUGGUCCGAUGCUCUUUCUGGAAGAAGACCACGUCCUUGCUCCGGAUGCACUUGUCGCUGUCAUGGCUGCGACGGCUGCGCGACCUCGCUUGUGCCCAAGCUGCCAGCUUGUCGGAAUCGCCACGUACAAUCCACUCGAAGCAACGAUCGACCACAAGGCAGCAACCGCACACACUGCCGCCUGGCUUUCCGCCCAAAACAACAUGGGCAUGGUGAUUGACCGGGCUGCAUGGUCGUCCAUCAAGUCGUGUCAUCGCGAUUUCUGCACGUUCGAUGACUACAACUGGGACUGGUCCCUGCAGUAUGCCGCGUCGACUUGCGUCGGCUCGCUCAACAUACUCGUUCUGGACCAUCCACGCGUUGUACACAUCGGUACUUGUGGUGCGCACGCGUACCAACACAGCCCUGGCAAGCCUUGUAACCCAGCGCAGCUCAUGGACCAGCUCAACGCGCUGUGGAAUUAUAAGAAGUCGUCCAUGCUCCACUUUGCCGCCGACGGUACCCCCUCCGAAUCCAUUUCGCUCUCCAGCAAGGGAGCCAUGGCCGUGCCUCGGCCGUCUCCCAAUGGCGGGUGGGGAGACCAUCGAGACCACGCGCUCUGCAUUGCGCAAGUCCGCGCAUAAAGUGUGCGUUCGGAUUGUUUGUAUUUUUAAGAUUUGAGGCAAACUGUUUGUUUUUUUUUUAUAAAAGAGAAUAAUAUCCACAACCACA